AUGGUUGGGGGUGAAGCAAUAUUUCAAAGAAUUUAUGUGUGUCUGGCUACUUGUAAAAAAGGGUUUUUAGAAGGGUGCAGGCCUGUAAUUGGGGUUGAUGCUUGCCAUUUGAAAGGUCCUUAUCCUAGGCAAAUAUUAACUGAUGUAGGAGUUGAUAGUAAUAAUGGUCUUUUCCCAAUUGCAUAUGCUGUGGCUGAGAUUGAAAACAAGGACUCGUGGAUUUGGUUUCUGUCUUUGUUGAUUGAAGAUUUAGGUAUUAGAAAUGGUUUAUCCUGGGCUUUCAUAAGUGAUAAGCAAAAAGGGCUCAUACCUGCCAUUGCACAUGUACUACCAACUGCAGAGCAUAAGAUGUGCGUCCGGCAUUUGUACAAUAAUUUCAGAGCAACACAUCUUGGUCUCACUCUUAAACACAUGUUGUGGGUAGCUGCCAGAGCCACUACUAUUCCUUGGUGGGAAGCAGAAAUGGAGAAGAUGAAGGAAGAGGACUUGGAAGCUUGGAAAUGGUUGGUGCAGAGACCACCCAAUAAUUGGACUAGAUCUGAUUUUCAUCCAAGGUAUAAGUGUGAUCUUCUACUGAACAACCUUUGUGAGAGCUUUAAUACAGCUAUAAUUGAUGCCAGAGAUAAUUCCAUUUUGAUAUGUUUGGAAAGUAUUCGAAUGUAUGUGAUGCUUAGGAUGGCUAAUCGAAGGGCUGCUUGUGGUAAAUGGAAACACCCUGUUGGCCCAAGGAUAUUCAAAAUAAUUGAGAAGAACAAGAUGGGAGCUUCUCAAUGCAUUCCUAGAUUGGUUGGGGAUAAAAUGUAUCAAGUCAGUCACAUGUAUGGUGGGGAGUUUGUUGUAGAUCUUGCAGCAAUGUCUUGUAGUUGUAGGAGAUGGGAUUUAUGUGGCAUACCCUGUGCACAUGCUAUUUCAGCUAUAUUCCACAGAGAUGAAACCCUGUUGAAUAUGUACAUGAGUGUUAUAAGCCAAAGACAUACAUGA